CUGGAGGAAGGCUUUGAUGUGAAGCGAAUGGUGGACAAGCUCUUGGAAGGCCAUAACGAUUUGAUGAAUCUAAAGGACAUUUUGGCCUCGGCAUCAAGGCUCCGUGGUGAGCUAAAAGGGCGGCUCUCGCGAAGAUUAGUGCCCAAUGUCCACCUGAGCUUGAUUCUGCCUAGGGAGAUAGAGUGGACAGAGGCAGGCACCAGGAUGGAUUGGAAAUGUGUGGCGUGUGGGUUGGUGGACUUGAAGGUGAGAGACCAGCCGAGCAUCGCAAUGGUGGACACGGGCGCGGAGAUGAAUAUCAUCCGGGAGCGGGACGCGACGAUGUUAGGAUUGGAAGUUGACCAUUCGGACCAUGGCGUGUUGCAUGGCGCCAACUGCAAGGCCAUCUUCUGCAGCACCGCGUCUAAUGUGAUGGUGGAGAUUGGGAGAGUAAGGGCGCGAACGUGUUUCUUUGUCAUGCGCGAUGUUGACCACCCCAUCCUUCUGGGGAGGUCGUUCCUCUGCCGAACGGAAACCCUAGUCUUCAACAGGCAUGAGGGGACGAUGCUCCUGGCGCUAUCUGAUCCGGCUUGUGGGAACUAUGAAAUCAUCAAGUGCCGGAACACAGGGCCCGGAAGUGGGAGGAACAGGCUCAACUUCGGUUCCUUUACCUUCGAGGAGUCUGAGUAUGCGCGACGGAGACUUCGGGAGGAGCAGGAGGAGGAAGGAGCGGGCGAGGUAUUAUCACUGAGCCUUAAUGAUGUAAAUAAGGCAAUGGAGGUGCUGGCGGCGCAUGAUAUGGCGGACCCUGAGGCUAUCAAGGCGUUGAGGGAGCAGGUCCUGGAAAGCCCUCAGGUGGGAGAAGUGGAGCUGGUCUAUCGGUUUCCCGGGAGGAGAGGGGACCCUGUGAUGGCCCAGGCCCGAACAACAAGUCGGCCUUUUUUAGGGGGUUGGCUUAAGCAGGGCUCCCAAAGUCGGUACAAGACCAUAGACAAGAAGUGUCACCCGGUCCCCGUGCUUGUCACGGAGGCUGAGGAAGUCUACUAUGAGCGAGAGCGAGGGUUGAUAAGGCGUAUGCGGAAACGCGCGCAGGCAUGGUCGUGCCGCAUCAAUAAUGAGAAUGAGGAAGGGUUGAUAAUUGGCGAGUCUGGCUUCCUGUCGCCCCAGGAGAGGACCUUGAUGGUGGAGACCAUGAGGAGGAGGCAUUGCGCGUAUGCGUUUAAUGAUGACGAGCGUGGGAGGUUGGACGUGGAUAAGAUCCCGAUGAUACGAAUCCAUACCGUCCCACACGAGCCGUGGAAGCUGAGGGGCGCGCGGUACCCGAAUCCGAAUGAGGAGAAGAAGGUGGUGGAUUACUUGGAUGGGAAGAUGAGGACGUAUGUGGCAGAUUACUCCAGUGGACCGUACGCUUCCCCUUGGUUUUGUUUUAUCCAGCCGAACGGAACGCUGCGGUGGGUGCAGGAUCUGCAACGGCUGAAUGCAGUGACGGUGCGGGACGCGGGAGGAUUGUCGAACGAGGACGCCCUGUCAGAAUCAUGCGCAGGAAGGCCUAUAAUUUCACUUAUAGACCUUUACUCUGGGUAUGACCAGUUUCUUGUGUACCCACCGGAUAGGCCAAUGACGGCGAUGCAUACGCCAAGGGGGCUGAUCCACAUGAACGUGACGCCUCAGGGGUGGACUAAUGCGGUGGCGAUGGUGCAAAGGCACAUGAUUAGGGUCAUGCAGACGGUUAGCCCACAUAUUACUCAGCCCUACAUUGACGAUUUGGCAGUCAAGGGUCCAAAGGAGAAGGAGGAAAACGAAGUGAUGCCAGGAGUGAGGCGGGAGGCCACGAUUAUGGGAUUUGUCUGCAACGAGAAGGGGCGGAGGCCAGAUGUGAAGAAGACGGACAAAAUCCUAGAGUGGUCAGUCCCCUUCCAGUCGAUAACGGACGUGAGGAGCUUCCUUGGGACCUGCGGGUUUUGGAGGAAUUUUGUGAAGGAUUUCGCCACCAAGACUGAGCAUUUAAGAAAGUUGGUGUGUCAGGAUCAGGAAUGGGUCUGGGGCGAGGACCAGGAGAAGGCUGUGGAAAGAAUAAAGGGAGAGUUCGGGGAAGGAGGCUUGGUGCUGGGAGCGCCGAACUACGAGGUCACGAAGGAGAAGCCAUUCGUUGUCGAGACGGACGCUGGGCCAACUGCCUUAGGAGGAGUCCUGAUUCAGGCGGAUGCUGAUGGGAAGGAGAGGCCGCUGGGGUUUGAAAGUCGCACCCUCAAUACGACUGAAAGGAAUUACUCCCAGUUUAAGAAGGAGACGUUGGCGGUACUCCACUACCUAAGGACCUUCUGGAACUACAUUUUUGGUAGGAGGCUCAUUUUGAGGGUGGACUCCACCGCGCUGGCAUGUUCCCUGAAAAGUUAUACUCCAUCUGAUCCAACCAUCGCGAGGUGGUUGACUUACAUUUGGAUGUUUAACUUUGAGUUGGAGAGGAUUCCCAGGGACAAGAACAGGGCAGAUGGGCUGAGCCGUAUCAACUGGGAUGGGGCGUGUCAAGAGUCAAUUGAAGAUACCCCACCAGUUGACGGGUUCUUGGAUCAGGAGGAGGAUGUCCGCCUCCACAUAAAUGAGUGGUCGCUAAGGGUGCCUAGCUGCGUCAUACAUCCUAUAUGGCUAGCACCAAGGGGGUACGAGCAGAAGGAGGAGUUGGUCCUCAAGCCCUUCCAGGAAGAAGAUCCGUGGGGGAGUAGGGAUGUUGGUUGGAUGAUGAAGUUGGCAUUGGCAGAGACACAUAGUCUAGUGGAGGAGGUGAGGACGAUAGAGGAAGGCCCAACCAAGGUAGAGGAGCAUGAGCAACUAAUGGGAGGAAUGUACUUGCUCACCAACACGCUCCUGCAGGGGAACUUUGACCAGAGGAGCACAGCCAGCUCGGAGGAGGGCGAGCUUCUCAUUCCUGAGAGUCAGGACGACGAGUUCGAAGAAAGAGAGAUUAGGGAGGUCUUCCGUGCUGAGGAGUACGAUGGAAUUUAUCGGGAGUUGGGGUUACUCCUGUCGUGCGAAAUGAGGGACAGGGACGCAAGUGCCAAAGCCCAGAAGAUGAGGCAUCUCUAUGUGGUGCGGACUUUGCUCGCGGGGUACGGCGUGGUAGCAAACUAUACUACUGUCGCGCACCCCCAGGCGAACGCACCUGUGGAGAGGGGGCACAUGACCAUCAUGAAUCUCCUGGCUAAAUGGACGGAGGGGAAGCCUAACCAAUGGCCGAAGUUCCUGAGAGCAACUUUCUUCAUGGAAAAUGUUACAGUGAAAAGGACUACCAAGUCUGACUUUUCGAAGGCAGUCAUGCAGAGGGGCGGGAGGGACACACGGCCACGCCAGGGGCCCCAAAGGAUGGAGAAAAGGGGCAAGCAGCAUGAGCCGCCUAGGAGGGAACCUACGCCUGAGUUCGAUGAUGACAACAUUGAGCUCUUCUUGGACGUAUAUCGGGACCAUGCAGCACAGAGAAGAUGUGAGGAGUUGAGGCCGCCCUCGCCACUGCCAUCAACGCAGGAGUUAGACAUACCAAGAGAGACGCCCUUCCGAAGCUUAGCGACUCAUCUCGAUGUAUCCCAAUGGGAGGCCUCGCGGCUGGGAGAGGACUCAGUUGAGCCAGCGUGCUACGUACCAUUGGAGGAGCCCCUCGACCCCGAGAUGGAGACAGACAUGCGAGGCCAAGAGGAGCCGCAGGACCCUGAGAUGGCAGCCGAGCGGCCGGAUCCAGAACGACCUCAGGUUGGAGAGGUGAUCACGGUCGGGGAUGAUACCCCUCCAUACUCCCCAGCUCCAGAGCUAGCACAGCGUUCAUGGCCAGAGGGGAUUCCUAAGCCAGGCAGUGAGGAGAUUCCGGAGUCCCCGCCCGCGGCCACCCUCAUGCCUGAGCAGGAGGCAGAGGCGGAGGAUCAGGGAGUGUGUGAGAGAGCGAAGGUGGAGGCGCCCCCUGACUUGCCAUCAUCCACGCACGUGACCAGGAGUCCGGUUAUCGAGGAGCCCGUUCCAGCGGAGUUACCGCCAGUAGUGCCAUGCGCAAGCGAAGGGAGGAGGGCCGAGGCGAUGGCUCCAGAGGGCCAGGGGCCGCAAGUGAGAGGGACCCCAAGGGAGACCCGCGAGGAGAAGUCCGCCCGAGUACGAGUUCGUCUGGACGAGAUACAUGCGAAGCAAGAUGAGAUGGAGGAGGCAGGGAUAGAGCCGACACCACCGUCGAGCCCAAGACAAGCGAGCAGAGGAUUGACGAGUUGUGGGCUAGGCGUCGUCGAGUUAGGGAGUAGCAGUGGAGGUCCCUCGUCAGGCCGAGCCGAUGAAGGAGGCGCCCUUGGGCGCAGUCGAGGAGGAGAGUGGCGCGCAGGAGUUGCUUAUGGCCAUGUCCACGGAGAGGAGGGGUUCGCGCUUGCAUGAGUUGGCGACAGCCAUGGGGAUAG